UUCCUCCCCCAGCUAGAGAAGGCUGCUGUGCAGCCAGAGAAGAUCUCAGCACAGGCCACCUUCAGACCAAGAUAGGGAAACUGAGGCCAACCGGGAAAGUGACCUGCUCGUGGUCACACAGCAUGUUAGUAGGAGAGCAAGUCCAAGAACCCCAGCUCUUCCCUGGAGGAUCUUCACAGCUCACCUUGAUGCAUACAUCUUCUCAGCAAGCCCUGGAUCCAAUCCUGUGCUCUCUGCAGCCAGCACCACUGGGUGCAACCCAGAAGGAUCUCCCAGAGGAUGCCUCAGGCAUGAUGUACCAGCUGCCAGCGCGGCAUGCCAGCCCCAGCGAUAAUGACAAACGCACAGCCAAGCACUCUCCAAGCAGGGACAAGAUGGAGAGCCAGGAGGAAAGAGCAAGCCACGGAGCCCCCUGCCCCUCCUUCCCUCCUCACAACAACCGCUCCCCAGCCCCCAGGCUGAAAAGAGGGACCCUUAGCCCUUUGGCUUUCUGUUCCUGUCCCCCUCCAACCCCUAUCUCCAAGGAGCUCCCAUUUCACCUCCAUCAUUUCUAUCCUGAGUACCCACUUCUCUUGCCUCCACGAUACCUGCCCACCCACAGGCCUCUAUCUGCUGUCCAACAUCCCUACAUCUUCCUGGUGCCCAAAGACACCCCCUACCCCACCACAGCUGCACUCAGCUUGCUGAUGACAACCAAUGAGCCGGGGCAUCACAGUGCUCUGGGGGAGACCCUGCUUCUCUACCCAGGGGCCUUCCAAGCCUCUGGCCAGGCCCCGCCCUCACAGGCUGGGUAUCUAGGCUUCAGAGCUUUCCCUACCAACCCAGGGCUCGCACAAGCUGGCCUGGUGGCUGCAGGAAAGCAAGCCCCACCACCUGCCCGGGCCGGCACCACAGCCCUUCCUUACCCACUGAAGAAAAAGAAUGGCAAAAUCCUGUACGAGUGCAAUGUGUGUAGCAAGAGCUUCGGACAGCUCUCCAACCUCAAGGUCCACCUGCGCGUGCACAGCGGGGAGCGUCCAUUCCAGUGUGCCCUGUGUCAGAAGAGCUUCACCCAGCUGGCUCACUUGCAGAAGCACCACUUGGUGCACACUGGGGAGCGGCCCCACCAAUGCCUGAUGUGCCACAAGCGAUUCAGCAGCUCCAGCAACCUCAAGACCCACCUGUGCCUGCACUGGAGGACCCAGCGUUUCCAGGGCGGCUUCUGCCCACAUCGCUUUACCCAGCAUAAUCAGCUGACGGUGCACCAUCAGCCGCAUGUAGCGCGGCUAGCACAAACCCACCUGUCCCUGGAGUCUCUCGCCCAGUGGGACCAGGGAGCACUAGAUCUUGUGGUAGCACCGUCAGAGCAGCAGCUGGGCUGGCAUGUGGACAAGGUCCAGAUGUCCUCUGUGUCUCAGGGAAAACAGCUAGCCUGA